GGUCAAAGAGGGGGGAAUCCACCACCGCCAGAGGUGGCUGGUCACCUUCAUGGUGACACCAGCGUCCCCCAGGCUGAGCGUUCAGGAUAUUCUCCACUGGCGGUUGGUCCCUGUAACAGUGACAUUGGUGUCCCCCCAAUUGGUCACCAUCGUGGUCACACCGGUGUCACCUGGGGUGAACAGUUGGGGAAUCCUCCACCGGCGGCUGGUCACCGUCACGGUGACAUCGGUGUCACCUGGGGUGAGUGGUUGGGAGAUCCUCCACUGGCAGUUGGUCACUGGUGUGGUGGCAACCGUGGUUCUGGUGACACCAGUGUUCCUCCACCGGCAGUUGGGAGCCUCAUUUUUGAGCUCAGGCUGCCGUGUCCCCGCAGAUGGUGACGACGAUCUGCUGCGGGGCCUCGAAGGGGCCCUGGGGGUGAAGAAGAAGAAACGGGGCCCCCGGAAACAGAAGGAAAAUAAACCCGGAAAACCACGGAAACGGAAAAAACUGGUGAGCGAGGAUGAGCUGGAGUCGGAACGGGAGGAAUACCAGCGGGAAGAGUACCGGGAGAAGUCGGAGAGCGGCGGCAGCGACUCCGGGGGGGCGGCCAGGAAACGGCGGCGGAAGCACCGUAACACGUCUCCUCGUCCUCUCUGUCCCUAUUCCUGGGUGUUUCUCAUCCCCCUCUCCCCAUCCUGGUGUCGGUCUCUGUCGUGUCCCUUCUGUGGCCUGGCUGUGUCCCCCCACCGCGUCCCCUCCUGUGUCCCCCCCUCCCUGGCACAGGCGGUGGAGCAGAAAUCCUCGGCGCAGCUGCUGGGGGCCUGGGGGCUGGAGGACGUGGACCAUGUCUUCACGGAGGAGGACUAUCACACCCUCACCAACUACAAGGCCUUCAGCCAAUUCAUGAGGCCCCUGAUCGCCAAGAAGAACCCCAAAAUCCCCAUUUCAAAGAUGAUGACCAUCCUGGGGGCCAAAUGGCGGGAGUUCAGCGCCAACAACCCCUGUCCUGGUCACAAGAAGCGCAGCAAGAGCCCGCGGGUACCGGAGCUGAAGAGGAAGAUGAAGGGGAGGAAGAUGGCACCGUUGAAGAUCAAACUGGGCGUACUGGGGGGCAAACGCAAGAAGAGUAGCUCGAGCGAGGACGCCGGAGAGGCGGAGGAGGAGUCUGACGCCGAGAGCCCCGCCAUCCCCAGUGCCCCCUCAUACCCCGUUGCCCCCAUGUCCCCGUCCCCGGCGCCCCGUCCCCGUCAAUCCGGGUGGCAGCGGGCGGUGCGUGGCGUCCCCGCAGGGCCGGGGCCGGAGGAGGAGGGGGACGGCUACGAGACGGACCACCAGGACUACUGCGAGGUGUGCCAGCAGGGCGGAGAGAUCAUCCUCUGCGACACUUGUCCCCGCGCCUACCACCUCGUCUGCCUCGACCCCGAGCUGGACCGUGCCCCCGAGGGACGCUGGAGCUGCCCCCACUGCGAGAAAGAGGGAGUGCAGUGGGAAGCGAAGGAGGAGGAGGAGGAGGAAGAAGAGGAGGAGGAGGAAGGGGAGAAGGAGGAGGAGGAUGACCACAUGGAGUACUGCCGGGUGUGCAAGGACGGCGGGGAGCUGCUCUGCUGCGACGCCUGCGUCUCCUCCCCCCAUCACAUCCACUGCCUCAACCCCCCCCUGCCCGAGGUCCCCAACGGAGAGUGGCUCUGUCCCCGCUGCACGGUGACCCUGUGUCCUGUCCAUAUGUCCCUGUCCCCAGGUGACUCUGUGUCCCCUCUGUGCGUCCCUGUCCCUGAGUGA